ACUCACAACUCUUCCUAUAAAAGGGCUUUCCUUUCUCCUCGCCUUUCGUGCUCGUCUUCUCUAAUUCCCUUCUCAUUUUCUCAAUCCGAUCUCUCUUUUUCUUCCCAAGAUGCAAAUCUUCGUUAAGACCCUCACAGGAAAGACCAUCACUCUCGAGGUCGAGAGCUCUGAUACCAUUGAUAAUGUUAAGGCAAAGAUCCAAGACAAGGAGGGAAUCCCCCCAGACCAGCAGAGGUUGAUCUUUGCUGGAAAGCAGCUUGAGGAUGGCAGGACAUUGGCCGAUUACAAUAUCCAGAAGGAGUCUACUCUCCACCUUGUUCUUCGUUUGAGGGGAGGAAUGCAAAUUUUUGUCAAGACUCUCACCGGAAAGACAAUCACUCUUGAAGUUGAGAGCUCCGACACGAUUGACAAUGUCAAGGCAAAGAUUCAGGACAAGGAGGGCAUUCCCCCAGACCAACAAAGGUUGAUUUUUGCUGGGAAGCAGCUUGAGGAUGGAAGGACCCUGGCAGAUUACAACAUCCAGAAGGAGUCUACCUUGCACCUGGUCCUCCGUCUCCGUGGGGGUAUGCAGAUCUUUGUCAAGACUCUCACCGGAAAAACCAUUACCCUUGAAGUUGAGAGCUCUGAUACAAUUGAUAAUGUGAAGGCGAAAAUUCAGGACAAGGAAGGCAUCCCACCAGACCAGCAGAGGCUAAUCUUUGCCGGGAAACAGCUCGAGGAUGGUCGGACACUUGCUGAUUACAAUAUCCAGAAGGAGUCUACCCUGCAUCUGGUUCUUAGACUUCGUGGGGGCAUGCAGAUUUUUGUUAAGACCCUCACAGGGAAAACCAUCACACUCGAAGUUGAGAGCUCGGACACAAUUGACAAUGUCAAGGCUAAGAUUCAGGACAAGGAGGGCAUUCCACCAGACCAGCAAAGGCUUAUUUUUGCUGGAAAGCAGCUGGAGGAUGGACGGACUCUUGCAGACUACAACAUUCAGAAGGAGUCCACUCUUCACCUCGUCCUCCGUCUUCGAGGUGGUAUGCAGAUUUUUGUGAAGACCCUGACCGGGAAAACCAUCACUCUAGAGGUUGAGAGCUCAGAUACCAUUGACAACGUGAAGGCAAAGAUUCAGGACAAAGAGGGGAUCCCACCAGACCAGCAGAGGCUGAUAUUUGCUGGGAAGCAGCUGGAGGAUGGUCGCACCUUGGCUGACUACAACAUACAAAAGGAAUCCACAUUGCAUCUGGUGCUCCGUCUUCGUGGUGGGAUGCAGAUCUUCGUGAAGACCUUGACAGGGAAGACGAUCACACUGGAGGUGGAGAGCUCUGAUACCAUAGACAAUGUUAAGGCUAAGAUUCAGGACAAAGAGGGGAUCCCACCUGAUCAGCAGAGGCUCAUCUUUGCCGGCAAGCAACUUGAGGAUGGUCGCACCCUUGCGGACUACAACAUUCAGAAAGAGUCCACCCUUCAUCUUGUCCUCCGUCUUCGUGGCGGUCUUGACGAUUUGGCCUGAGUAGUGCCUUCGUGUCUCCUCCAGUCCAGUCUUAUAUGAAUCUCUGUUUGUUAAUGUUUUGAUUGUUCAACUUUGAACUUCGUAGCAUCCAUUAGCUUUGGCUUACUAUUAUAAUAUUCUAUUACUCGAAAGUCGAAGCUGUGCCUUAUUUCUAUCCUAUGUUCAAGUUUGUUUGUUGAUGGGUGAUCAAGGAAUUCACAUUUAAGUAUCAAUUGUAGUAAUUUAUGGUCAUGGUUAUUAGUA